AUGAGUAAUUGUGUUUUAUGCCAAGAGCAAGCUAAGAAAAUUUGCUACUGCUCUGGGGUUGCUUUAUGUGAAAACCACUUCCAAGCUCAUCUAGAGGUCCUAACUGAAAUUGAUCAUUACUCUGAAGAAAUCUCUCAAGCCAAUCAAGAUAUGGAAAGGAUUAAGCAAUUAAAAUUAGAAAUCACGAACUUUGUUAUCCUCGAAAUGCAAAGAUUGGAUAAAAUAACAGAUGACUGCUUCAAAGAUUUAGCAAAAACCUGUGACUCUUUAAUUAAAACUCUAAAUGAAGUAAAAAUUAAGAUACAAGCCGAGACACAGCAGGCUAAUGCAUCAUUACGUGAAUUAGUUGAAAAUAUUGACACACUGAAUUUAUAUUUAUUGAUAUAUUUGAGCGAAUAUGCAUUAAAUGGAGAUGGUGAGUCAGCCCUUUUUCUAAAUACCUGUAGCUAGAGGCUGGACGGGCAGCGGGGACCUUGUGGAAGGAAAUUGGUGCUCGUUGAAUUAUAUCUGGCUAGGUUUUUACUUGGCGCAGUUGAGCGCAACGUCAGGAUAGGCCGACCGCAGCUCAUUCUGGUACCAGGUUUUUUUGCCUCAGGGGAAAUGGGAUUCAAGGCUGGAAAGGGGAAGCUCAGCAAAGCCAUUGCAUUUGACCAUCGGGCAACUCCCUAGCAUGAAACUGUGCGUUACCUCUAAGGCUUUGGAUUUCCAUUUAAGCCGACAGUCUUACCAGAAAAUUUGGUGGCACAACUCACCCAACUGCGGGUGCAUACUCUCGUCCGUAGGAGUAACACAUUUGAAGGUCGUGAUACGAUUGCUGGUGAGCAAUUGGGUGAAACGAUAGUGUUAAAGGCAGCCCUUCGGGAAUUGCAGCGAGCUUCUCAAAUAAGUAAUGUUAAUGAUAUAUUUGAGGGAAUAUUUCAUAUAUAAAUUUAAUUUUAGAAAUUCAAGGAAAAAAGAAUAGAACAAUUAUAUCAAAAAAUGCAAAGCCAAAACAGCGAAUUUUUUUCAAUUGAAUGGAAUAGCCCAUGGCCGGGAAUCCAAGAAAUUAUUAAUAAAAGCCAACACUUUUCAAUUGACUGAUAUAGGCCAGACUUGAAUUAUUACUUAUACAAUGGAAGAAAAAACAAAAUAAAAUCCUAUGAUAUAAGAAGCAAGAAAAUCAGUGUAUCUAAUAUAAAUAAUUUUGAAUGUAAGGUCGCUCCACACAUUUUGCCAAUAGAAGAUGGCCUUUUUGUUACUGGAGGAGCCAAUAUUUUAGGCCUGACAACAGAUGAAGCUUGAUUCAUUAACCUAAAAGCAGGAAACGCUGAACAAAAAGCCAAAAUGAGGUAUAUAUCAUUAAAAAUUGAUUGGCUUAUUAUAAGAAAACUUAUUCACCUAUAUUUCAAUUAAUUUCAGCGUUAUCUAAUUAAUUUAAAUAGGGCAUAAAAGAUAUUAUCAUUCAGCAGUUUAUUUUAAUAAAUCAAUUUUUGUUAUAGGGGGCAUAAAUGAGCGAAGAGAAUCAGAAGCGCCAUUUGAAAUAGAAAAGUAUGACUUAAAAACAAAUAUCUGGGAAAAUAUUGGCCCUUUGCAGUUCCAAAGAAGGUCUCCUGGCGCUUGCAUCUAUAAAAAUUUCAUAUUUGUAGCUGGAUGCGACAACUCAAAAACCAUCGAAAAAAUCCAUCUAGAUACCUAUUACAAUGAAUCAGUCAGCAUAAGAGAAAAAAUCGGUGAAGGCUGCACUUUAGUGCCGACCCCAAGUGGCAUAGUCGUAUUUUCGCUUUCAAAAAUCUUUUUAAUUGACGAAAAUUGCCAAACUUUGCAAGAAGUGCGCAUUUCAGAGCAAACUAGUUGAUGGUGCCAAUGUCCUCCUGUAAGAUAUGGAGAAUUCAUAUAUUUAGUCCGCUUUGGAAAUUACCAUUUGAUUAAAUUCAACCUUUCUAAGUUUAGCAUUGAAGCAGCAGACGAAGAAAUUCCUUUUGAUAGCGUUAAAUAA